AUGACCAGCCCGAAUCUCGAGGUUGGAAUAGAACUCCAGAAUCCUCCUUCUCUACAACCGGAGCCGCAACCAGUUCAGCCUUCAAAGCUACAACAUGUUCUGAUAGUCGUUGCCUCUACGACACUCAUUUUCACCGUGUGCGGCAUCGGCUUCUCCUUUGGCGUCUACCAAGAUGUCUACCAAGGGCUCUCUCACGACCCCUCAUCUCCAUUCUACGGCUCGUCCCCUGCCAUGAUUGACCUGAUCGGCACACUGGCCAUCUCCCUCAUGACAAUUGGUGCCCCCUACGCGACAGCCUGGACCAAGCAAUUCCCUCCGCAGUUCGUCAUCGGCGCCGGAGGGGUGGUGUUUUCUCUCGCAUUGCUUUUGGCCUCGUUCAGUCGACACAUGUGGGAGGUUCAGCUCACACAGGGCUUUCUCUGCGGCAUAGGAACCUGUCUGACGUAUAUGCCCGCCGUGACGGUGGCUCCGACUUGGUUCACCGCCCGUCGCGGCCUCGCCAUGGGGAUCAUCCUCUCGGGGACUGGCAUUGGAGGCGUCGUCUGGGCUCCCGUCCUGCACGGCUUGAUUGUCAAAACGGGCUUCCGCAACUCUCUACGAAUAUCGGCGGCCGUUGCCUUUGUCCUCGUCAGUGCCGCCGCUCCUGUCAUGCGGUGGGACGCUGCGGCAGCGCAACGGUUCAGAGCAGAAGCUCGACGUUCGUCAGGUAUCGUCGGACUGUUCAGGAUCCCUUUGGUGGACUAUCGCAUUGCUCGGUCACGCACGUUUCUCGCGCAAGGAUUGGGUGCUGCACUACAAUCUGCGGCAUACUACACGCCGGUGUUUUUCUUUGCCUCGUACGCGAGAACACUGGGCUACUCGUCCGCCACGGCCUCGAACUUCAUCGCCUUAUCCAACGCUGCCAACGCUGUGGGAAAGAUCAUCAUCGGACACGCCGCAGACAGGAUCGGCCGGCUCAACGCAUUGUUUCUGACCACGGCCAUUUCGGCGAUUGCUGCUCUGGGUCUGUGGAUUCCCUCGUCCCUCUCCUCGAGCCAAUCCGACAGCCGCAACUUGUUCAUCGCCUUCACGGUGCUCUACGGCGUUUUCGCGUCUGCAUACGUCUCACUCUUCCCCACCUCUCUCGUCGAGCUUUUUGGAGUCCAACAUUUCGCCUCGGUGAAUGGCUUUCUCUACAUGGUGCGAGGACUAGCCACCAUGAUCGGCACCCCUGUCGCCGGCGCACUUAUUCGGGGCGCAACUCACGAGAAGGGACCCGCGCCGUAUCAGAACACCACCAUAUUGGUGGGGGUAUUGUUAGCGACUGCCACCAUUGCCGUGUUCUGGGUCAGGCUGGAGGCCGCGGUCAGCAAUUUGCGACCAGGAGGGACGAGGUGGAAGCUGUGA